AUGGACCCUCUCGCCUCGUAUUCGUCGGCGCACGACAUCAUUCCGACAUGGCUGGGUGGCGCCAAGCCGUCUCUUGGCGAAAGUCUUGGACGGCCGAUAGAACCUGAGAACCCGAGCAUUCGAUUUGUGACAUCGGAACGGCCCGCUGCCGUGGACAAAAGUACUGCGGUCAAGGGACGGUAUCAGUACCGCACUAUAGGAUGA